GGUUGGUGGGAGCGCGAAAAUAAAUCAGCGAAUGAGUGAUCAACGUUCUACCUGUGCCAGCCACUUGUUGCCAGCUUUUUGCUUUAAAAGCCGCAGCAGCAGUGCUCUAGAUCGACAGUUUCGUUUCUUGAAACGAUGAGAACACAUUAUCGUCAAUCAUAAAACGCUAGUGUACAAACCAAAAGUGAUUUUAAAAAAGACAAUCUUAAAACGUGAGUUUAGAAACCAAAAGUGAUUUAAAAAAGACAAUCUUAAAACUUUUAGCAACGGAGAUCAAAUUGAAAAAUACGAAUAUCAAAAAAAAAUUAGAAAUGGAGAACAUAUGUAAGAAACCCCCGUUUUUAAACAGUGUUCCACAGCCCAUGCAGAUUAGCGCAAUGAGGGAACACGUAAUACAGUUCCCACAAGUAUUGGAGAACGUUCUCAACCAAACCGCUCACAAGAAAGCGGAAAAUAAAGAAAUUUUCAAUGAAGUUUCACAUAUGGUAAAUGAUUUUGAACGAAAAUUGCUUAGAAUAACUACAGAAGGUGAAGAACUUGUAGUAGUGCAGCAGUUACGCAUGAAUCUAGAAAGAAUAAUUAAAGAAAAUAUGAAGCUGAAAACGCAGCAGCCAGCAUUUGUUGAGCCACUUGACUUGACAAAAUCCUCGAAUGAAAGAAAAAGUUUCCAAUUACUGGGACGGGAUACCCCAAACUUGUCACCAAUAAGAACUGAAAUGCCAGCUAGUGCUAGUGCAACAACGCUAACACCGGGACUUAGUCAAACACUUAAUAGACUAGUUGAAAUACCGUUGCAACCGCAACUACAGCAAGGAGGUUCAACACAAAGUACAACAACAACUGUACAGAAAUGCGCAGUAAAACGCACACUGCCAGCACAAAGCAGUCCACAUUCACACAAUGAAAGCAAUGAUACUGUCGAAGAUCAGCAACUAAAGAAAGUAAAGGUGAAGGAAAUCGUACCAGUUGAUAUGAAUGUGAUUAAAGAGCGCCUCAACGAACGCACCAUUGUUGUCGAUGGUACCGAAUUUGUAGUAAUCGGAGCAAAUAACAACAGAGUCCCGAGCAAAUUUUUACUGGAACUUAAUUGGAACAACACAGGCGCGGCAAUAACACGAAAACUGUUAAGUCGUAUAUUCGAUCAUAAGACACUCGCUACGCAUACGCUGACCGGCAAACCAUCGCCGGCGUUUUUGAAAAUGAACAAACCUGAGAAAGGGCAAUUGGAUCAGCUGAUCGUACAAGAUAUAAUCGAGUUUAUGACAAUUAUGACAGAUAUGUCGGCUAAGGAUGUGAAAACAUCUAUUACCACCAAAUGUGCCGACGAGUGCAAGAAGCUGCGUCGCAGUCUUUCAAAAAUAGCCCUUGCUCCACCAGAAGGCAAUGUUACAAUCAAACAAGAAUCUAUGUUUGCAGUUUCAGCUGCAAGAAAUGUCAUAAGCGUGCCGGAAGUUACGUCAACAGAUUCGUAUGAAAGAAAUGUUGUAAUACAACCGGAAGUUGUGUCUUCAGAUUUAACCGAAAGGGAUGUCAUAAACGAUUCGCAAGUUACGUCAUCAGAUUUAACCGAAAAAAAUGUUAUAACGCAAAUAGAAGCUGUGUCUUUAGAACCAUCCGAGAAAAAUGUCAUAACAACACGCUCAUAAAUGCAGAAAAAAAAGAAAAUCCAACGAUGUAAUUGUUAUUUGUUUUUUAAUUUAAGUUAGCAAGUUAAGUACAGUGAGUUAACCAGUUUUAGAAAAAAAACACAAAAAAAUGUAGGUGUUAAGCUGUUUUUAUUUAAACUAUUUAUUAUAUUGAAUUCAUAAUAAUUGAAGAAAAAAGAAAAAUCACAAAAAAAAUUAAAAUUAACUCAGAAAAUUAAAACAAAAAAAAAUUAUUUGUAAGAAUUGUAAAUAAAAAUUUCAAAGAAACCAAAAAUAAGUGUCUUCUUUUAUU